CUGACCGAUUCAGGAUGAAAAAUUGCCCACCCCUCUUCUCAUUUGGCGGCCUAUAAAUGCCAUGGCGCGAAACCACAGUAAAACCUUUGAGUGUAUCUAACAGAGAAGACUGAACGAUUUCGACACCAAACGAAGCACAGCCAUGGAGGCUGAUCCGGAGCUGCCGUCUACUGAAGGAGUGGACGUCGAAAUGGAAGUAGAAGUAGGUCCGGUCCCGCGUUCAAAUUCCAGGGAUCCGCCGCCGAUUCAUCGCCUGGACGAGUCUGUGGUGAACAGAAUUGCCGCAGGAGAGGUUAUCCAGAGACCGGUCUCGGCCGUGAAAGAGCUUGUAGAGAACAGCCUAGACGCCGGUUCCACCUCAAUCUCCGUUGUUCUCAAGGACGGAGGCCUCAAACUCAUCCAAGUCUCGGAUGACGGCCACGGCAUUCGCAAAGAGGAUUUGCCAAUAUUAUGCGAGAGGCACACGACAUCUAAAUUGAGUAAAUUUGAGGAUUUACAAACAAUUAAGUCUAUGGGAUUCCGAGGGGAGGCUUUGGCUAGCAUGACUUAUGUAGGUCAUGUAACAGUGACCACCAUUACGAAGGGUCAGUUUCAUGGAUACAGGGCAACUUAUAAAGAUGGUGUAAUGCAAGAUGAGCCAAAAGCGUGUGCAGCUGUAAAGGGUACUCAAAUAAUGAUUGAAAACUUAUUUUAUAAUAUGGCUGCUCGGAGGAAAACACUUCAAAACUCCGCAGAUGACUAUCCAAAAAUUGUGGAUCUUAUCAGUAGGUUUGCGAUUCAUCAUAGCAACGUGAGCUUCUCGUGUAAAAAGCAUGGAGCUGCUAGAGCUGAUGUUCAUUCAAAUGCAACACCCACAAGGCUUGAUGCAAUAAUAUCAGUUUAUGGUGUGUCAGUUUCACGAAAUCUAAUAAAAAUUAGUGUUUCUGACAACGAUCCAUCAAGUUCAGUUUUUGAAAUGGACGGAUUAAUCUCCAAUGCUAAUUACGUUGCAAAGAAGAUAACUAUGGUGCUUUUCAUCAACGACAGGCUGGUUGAAUGUGGUGCUCUCAAGAGGGCAAUUGAAAUAGUCUAUUCCGCGACAUUGCCCAAAGCAUCAAAACCAUUUGUGUAUAUAUCAAUCACCCUGCCAUCAGAGCAUGUUGAUGUGAAUGUACACCCCACAAAAAGAGAGGUUAGCCUAUUGAACCAAGAGGUUAUUCUAGAGAAGAUACAAUCUGUGGUAGAACUCAACCUGAGAAGUUGUAAUGAGUCCAGGACAUUCCAAGAGCAGGCAGUUCAUCCUUCUUCACCUAGCACAUUGGCAACAAGGAAAGAUUCACAAAAAGAUUCAUCCAGAUCUGAGAUAAAAUCACAAAAAACUCCUGUACAUAAAAUGGUAAGGACAGAUACACUGGAUCCUGCUGGAAGGCUGGAUGCCUACCUGCAAAUUGCACCUUCUAAUAAUCCAGAAAAAAGUACUUGCUUGACCUCUGUGAGGGCUUCUAUUAGAAAAAGGAGAAACCCUAAAGAGACUGCUGACCUUACUAGCAUUCAAGAGCUCAUCAAUGAGAUUGAAUCUACCUGUCAUUCCGGUUUACUGGACAUUGUGAGGCACUGCACAUACAUUGGAAUGGCUGAUGAUGUUUUUGCUUUACUUCAACACCAAACUCACCUUUAUCUUGCUAAUGUAGUUGACCUGAGCAAAGAGCUCAUGUACCAACAAGCUUUGAGGCGGUUUGCCCAUUUUAAUGCCAUUCAACUAAGUGAGCCUGCCCCAUUACAUGAGUUGCUAAUGCUUGCUCUUAGAGAAGAAGAUGUGGCUAGCGAAAGUAAUGGAGAUGAUGAUCUGAAAGAAAAGAUUGCUGAUAUGAAUAGAGAUCUUCUUAAACAAAAAUCUGAAUUGCUGGAUGAGUAUUUUAGCAUCCAUAUUGAUUCAAAUGGUAAUUUGUCCAGACUUCCUGUCAUACUGGAUCAGUACACACCUGACAUGGACCGUGUCCCCGAGUUUGUGCUUUGUUUGGGAAAUGAUAUCCACUGGGAGGACGAAAAGGAUUGCUUCCAAUCAAUAUCUGCUGCUCUUGCCAACUUCUAUGCGAUGCAUACUCCUUUGUUACCCAAUCCCUCAGGUGAAAGCUUGCAAUUCUACAAAAAAAAGACAAGUUCAAGCAGUAUCAUUGGACAAGAAAAAUCCCCCAACUCUACCGAGGAUAACAUGAAGGAUGAAUAUGAUAAUGAUUUAAUUUCAAUGGCUGAAAACGCAUGGGCGCAGCGAGAAUGGUCGAUUCAGCAUGUUUUGUUUCCAUCCCUCAGACUCUUCUUCAAGCCCCCAAAUUCAAUGGCCACAAAUGGAACUUUUAUAAAGGUUUCUUCACUUGAGAAGCUUUACAGAAUUUUCGAACGAUGUUAACACGGGUGGCUGAGGAUAAUCCAUUGCUGUUUAAUCUCUCAACUGCUGUUUAAUACAGUGUUUUUGUGUGUAUAGACAUUAAUUAGUAGUAGUGCAUGGUAGACUAAAUAUGAUUGCUUAUGCCUUCAAAAUGCAGACUUCGUGUGGCUUUCUAGUGAUGUGCUGUAUUUUGCACUUUUUUUGAGUAUAUAUAAUGAUUGUAUUAUUUUAACAUCCAUUCCAACGGUUUUGGGCGGUUCUGAGAUUUCUCAUCCCAUACCAAAGGUUUUGAUCUGUACUAGAAUUGAAAGAACCAAAAAGGUUAAUACUGUGUUACAUUGUAACAACAUUUUGUAUAAUAUGCUACAGCAAUUGUUCUUCAAGGAGAACCAUCACAGAAUUGAACAGUCCCAAAAUAUCACAAUUCACAACAUUAUGCGUGUCAUGCAUGGGUGCUUCUGUCAUGCAUGGGUGAUUGUGAUGAGAAGUCUAUUUACACUGAAAAGUGCGAAGCUUCUGUCAAUGUGACCAACAUUGAUCUAAUGGCUCGAGUCCCUCUGCUCCCUCACCUCAUUUUGCAUUUUUGCAAGUCUACUGUCCACUUUCCACCACACUCUAAUCCUUUAAAAACACCUAGAUGUCACACUUAUUUACUUUAUGUUCAUGUAUUACCAACUACUGUCCACAACAGAGUUUUGCAUGCAAACAAUAAAAUAUACGUAGCAUUUGAAAAGGUGCAUGAGUUUCUGAAGGGUACCAUUGGAAUUGGGAGAGGGGACAGGGUUCAGCAGCGUGGGUUGAAGAGGAAGCUAGACUGAAUUCAAGCAAAUGACGAUUAACGAUGGGUGCAAUUUGUUUGGAGCAGCUCAUGCUAUAUCUUUAGAACGAUGGCACUUCUAAUUUAGAAAGGCCUUCUAGACUUCUAGUGACCAUCUCUUGUUGUAUAUUAGGCAUUUAGGCUGCUUGCAGUGUCCGGAAUGAGUUUUUUACGUUUUAGAAUGUCUUAAAGAUGCUUGUUGUCGAGAAGUUGUUCAAAGAAGUUAAGUAGAUGCAGCCUUGCAGGGAGGAGUCUUUAUGGAAAUAGUUAGCAUUUUGUGGUAAGGAGUUGGGCAGGUGGAGUAGUAAGUCCAAACUAAGCCCAAGAUGGGCUUCAAGACUGAUAGUCAUUUGCAAAAGGGUAAUUCUAUAUGCAGCCAGCCAGCCACACUAGGGUUGCACCGGGACUGGUCGGACUGGCCUGGUAUGGUGGUACCGGAAGCGAAUUGCCAUUGUGUGGUACUAGCCUGGCCCGGUUAACCGGGACCGGGCCUUGGGCCCGAAUUGGGGGGGGGGGGGGGAGUGUUGGGGCGGGUCACUGGCUCCAUUGCUCUUGGAACCGCCCCGGCUGGUCCGAGACUGGUCUGGGCUGUUUUUUUUUUAAUUUUUUUGAAUUGGUUUGGUGGUAGGUGGGUUGGGCUGGAUGGUUUGGGGGUGUUUGGGGGUGGGUAGGAAUAAAUAAGAAAAACAAAAAAAUAGAUGUAUCGAUCCGGCCCGACCUGGGCCCGGUCCCGGCCCGGUCUCGGAACCUACCCGGGUUGGUACCAAGUCUCCAACUCCCAAGCCCAGUACCACCAAUGCCUGACCAAGACUCGGUCUUGACCCGGGUCCGGUCCAACCCUAAGCCAAAUUUAAAACAUUAAAUACAUGUUGGGUUAAUGGCCAAUCACGGCCGGCCCAUCAACCCCUAGGGACAUACGUAGUCCAGCAUAACCAAGUUGCAGGGCCCAAGGGCCAGGAGACAUACGUAGCCCAGCAUAACCAGGCUUCAGGGCCCAAGGGCCAAGGGACGUACGUAGCGCAGCAUAGCCAGGGUUCAGGGCCUAAGGGCCAGGGGACGUACGUAGCCCCGUAGGUAGGGUUGGACUCGGGCCGGGUGGCCCGACCCGGAAUCGGCCCGGGACCGGUACUGUUCCAGACCGGCCCGAACCGGUGGCCUGGUCAGUGACCGGUCUGGGUAGGCCCGACCCGGUGGGUUUCCGGUCCGGGCUCGGGUCACCCAGAACAAGGCCCGGCCCGGCCGGGCCAAAUUUAUUUUUUUUUUGGUUUUUUCAUUUGUUUGGGCUCCAUCGGGUUGGGCUUGAUGUUUAGGAGGGGUUUGGGGGUGGGGGGUGAAGGGGGGGGGGGGUCAGGGAUGGGUAGCUAAGCAAAAAAAAAAAUUAACCAAACCCGAGGCCCGGCCCGGCCCGGACCCGGACCGGACCCGGUGGCUACCCGGGCCGGUCCCGGGUCCAGCUAUAUAGAACCGCCGGCCCGGGCUCGACCCGGCCCGAGUCCAACCCUACCCGUAGGACCAAGCUCAGGGCCCAAGGGCCAGGGGACGAGCAUCUUGUAGGCUACACUCAAGGGCCCAAGCUGCCACCAGAGAGUUGAGUCCAGUUUAGGGGACGGACGUCCUCACGCUAUGGUGGGAAAUCAAGAUCUUGGCGGGAAGCGCAUUAAAUGCGGGAGAUUUGGUGGUUGGGAUCAUGUCGCCCACAGUCGGCCACGUCAGCCCCCCAACCACCAUGGGAUUAUAUAAAUAGUCACAUUUAUUUCAUUGUAAGGGGUUCACACUUUGACAAUCUAGUAUUGUUAUAGCAUCAACGGCACGUAGCAUAGCUUAGUACGUUCGGCCUCUUGGCUUGUAAUCACUAGAGUGAAUGAAAUACAGUUAUUAGCUCAUUCCCCGUUGUUUAGUGAGCUUGUUUUGCUUUCCACCCAUUCGAAACCCCGAGGUUACGUGUUGGGCCUACGGGUUGAGGGGAAUAAACCUCAACACUGGCGCCGUCUGUGGGAAACUGAUCAAAAAGUUCUUCUAACCAAGCUCUCCAUUAAAAAACUCUAAGACAACCGCAGGGCAAGAAAAAUGAACACUAACAACGCGCGUAACUCUCAAGACCUCUCCUCACGACUGACUCAUAGCAGGAGGAGCCGCAACCAGACGACGGGGGCCCAGUCCACCAGUCUAUGGAGUCGGGGAGAUUUCGGGAUACUCACCGACCUGAUUCCCCAGGAACUCCGAAGGGACCCCAACGCACUACGGGAUAUCGCGGAUACCAUCCGCCGACUAGCGGACCAGCGGGAGGAAGAGCAUGUGCAUACUACCAACACCGAGUGCACCCCACUGUCGCCCAUUCACCCCAUGCAGUCUUUCGCCGAACAUACCGGUGAAAAUAGCAAUCCCCGUCGUUCGGUCCAUUCUAGGAUAACCCAGAACACCCGCUCUCCGGGUAUGGGGGGCACCGCGGGAGCCAGGCCUUUCAGGGGAACGCAUCGCCACACGGCCCAUGACCCCACGCCGGUCAUGCCCCGCGAUGGACGGGCGGCUCGGGAACAUACCCCUGUGGUGGAUGGCAUGAUGGCGGAUGUCACGCCUCGGACCUACCCGGACACGUCAACAACCCGUCGUACAGUACGAAUAGUCAACCGCAGUCCGACUCAUCCAUACUAUACAAGGCGUCUUGAAUACCAUUCACACAUAGUACAUCCAUAAACAAACAUAAUGUAAAAUAAACAUUUAUAGUAGCGGAAACAUUUAACGUAAGUGUUUGUACCACACCUUGGCAAUCAUGGGCGUACAAGCCCCCAAAUAAUUAUUCAAAAAGACAAUAUCCAUGAGCAUUAUUUAAGUUGUUUUCAAAACAGAAACGUGAGAAGCACGAACCACGUCUUCUUCCUUGGAUCUUCCCGAAGCAACGAGAGGUGGCAGCAACCUUCAAGUUCUACCUGAAACUGUGAGGUGGCCUCCCCCGUGAAGGGGAGGUCAGUACUUGGAAAUAUUUGACAAGUACAAUAGGAACUAUACUAAGUAUAAUUGAUGUUUUAAUUUCUAAGACCUUCAACUUAGGGUACUAUUAUGUUAUAGGCCAUAACCCUCGGUUACCCCUUUUUCUUUUAACUGUACUUACUUUAUAUAGAGUCAAGUAGUCGGCCCGUGGGCCCAUAUUCAUUUAGAAUUCAUCGUUUCCAUUCCCCCGUGACCGCAAGUCACGAUAACCCCGUGGGGUCCCAUCGAGCCCCAAUUGUAUAGCAUGGGCUCGGCCCAACUACAUUUCUAUACAAUCCUCUAACUCAAUAUAACAUAUCAAAAUUUGUAUGGCAAGGGCUCGGCCCAACUACGUUUCCAUACCAACCAUAACUUCGUGGCAAGGGCUCGGCCCAACUACGUUUCCACGGAGAUCACAUAUACAUGGCAAGGGCUCGGCCCAACUACGUUUCCAUGCUAAUCAUAUUACAUGGCAUGGGCUCGGCCCAACUACAUUUCCAUGUCAUCCUAGAGUCAAACUCUAAUUAUUUUCAUAAUUAAAUUCUCAAGCAAUUCAUAUGCCUAGAAUCAAUUUCCGUAGGUAGCCUUUAGGCCUACCCCUGUCACACCUUAGUGUUCACACAAUUCAACCUUAAGGUAUCUCUUGAGACUACUUAAGGCAUAUCUAUUCACAAUCCUACCUCUUAGGAUUUGUUUCAUCAUUUAUUUAUAUUAAUUCCCCGACUAGUAUUUUGAUACUAAUUGGAUAAUCUUAGAACAUGCCAAGUUCCUAUUUUUCCAAUUGACUUUUCAUUUCAAUUGAUUUCCCAACACAAGUAUAGUUUGAUCUCAAUAUCAAAAAUAUCACUUUAAUCCAUUCAUGAAUUUCAUACAUGACGUAAAGUAUAUUUUAUCACAAUAUCAUCAUAGUAAUUCCAUUAACAUGUCGUUCCAUUCAUUUCACAUAAUUAUACACAAUUAUUCUAAAUUUGUAUAUCAUGCUUCACUUACUCAUAUCAAUAUUAUUUUCAUUUAGGCAUUAUUAAUCAUUAAUAAUUCAUGAAAAUCCCAUCUAAUUACUUUAGGCAAUCUUAUGAAAUUAACUCACUAAUUAUAAGCAAUAUAGUCAGCCAUCCUCACCUCGUGAUGUGCUACGAUAGUUGCCUUUGUUAAGCCCCUCGAUCAAUCCCCGUUCUAGGCCGAUUGAAAGUGAAAAGCUGGAUUUCUGGGCCAAAGCCGGGCGGCUUUCACGAAAGCCGGGCGGAUUUCGUAGUCUGCAACUACGAACAACUCCCCUAUAUGUGGCGGUUUCCGGCGAUUUCGACUCCUAUCGAUUCACCAACUCUUCUAAGUUAAUUAACACCACUUUAUAUCAAUAUUCUACACUUUUAAACGUGUAGAACUCAAGGUUUAAUCCACCAUAUGAUUUCUUAAAAAUCAUACAAUAACAAAACUAGUUAAAGAUUGUUUAUUGAGUGCUUACCUCAAAAACAACCCUCCUCUUUGGAUUCUCUUCCUUGCUGCUUGGACUAUGAGAGGAGACUUCCCUAGAGCUUCUCUCUCUGCCUUGGUCGAGUGAAUGAUGUCAAAUGGAAGGGGGAAACAUCUCCCCAAUCAACUCCCAAGAUAAUACAUGUGUAUGGGCCCUUGGGAGUGAUUUCUUUGUCUUGAGCAAUCUCCUCACUAAUGAGUCCGCACCUCCCAUGUUUGAAUGUCCCCUUCUGUUCUCAUUCAGUCCAUAGGGACGUGGGGUGGCCCCCACUCAUGUGGGCUGUCAUCCCUUUAAGUCCCGGUGUGUAUAAUCGGUCCCGAAAGUUGUAUUUCUCGGACUAUUUUAGUCAUAUUUUAUUUUAUCGGGCCGGAUAAAAUAUAUCACGCGUUCCCAAUAAUUAUGGGCCUUUAGAAUAGAUAUACAUUACCCAAUAUUAAUUUAGGAGUCUCCGAAACUCAUUACGGGCUGUUAUCCGCUAAAUUACCAAUACCGGUAAGUGGGCCCCGUUUGACCGACCGAUCAACUCCAUGCCUUUCUUAUGGCCCAAAUAGAAUAUCCACCACCAUAUAGAUGUCAUCUAGACCAAGAUGAAUAUAAUAUGUGGUUCGGGAAUUAUCGAGCGGUCCCCGUUCCCGCUGUGGGCCCCACAUGCAAUUUACUAUUCACGUAAAAGAAAUAAUAAAAUUUAACAAUUACGUAAAUUCAUAAAUCAUCUUUUCGAGGUUUAUUACAUAAUUUACUAAAAGUAAAUAUGCUUGGGGACGGUGCUACAGCGGAGGUCCGGGUAUACCAUGGUCAAGCAUAAUCAUGGCAUUACGCCAAGGGGGAAUACCUUGACAUUGGUAACCCCCGCGCCCGCUGGGGCUGAUCCGCGAGAUGCCAUGCUCAUGGACAUGCAGAGACAGAUAAACGAGCUGAAUCGACGUACGGAGAAUACACAGGCACAACCCAGGAUUGCACUCUCGCCCCCUUUCACCGACAGGGUCAUGGCAGUAGACAUUGCACGGGACGUUCGGCCUCCAGGAACACUGACUUAUGAUGGGGCCGGGGACCCCAAGGCCCAUCUACUAUCUUAUCAAGGAACACUCUCUAUGCUGGGAGCCUCUGAUGAGGCUGUUUGCAGACUUUUCUUCAGCACCCUCAGGGGUCCAGCGCAAGAAUGGUUCGGGCAGCUCAGGCCCGGGUCCAUUGACAACUUUGAAAAGUUAUCCCGGCAGUUCAUGGCUCAGUUCGCAUCAAGCUCCACACCCAAGAAACACUUCAGUUGGUUGACGAAUGUCCACCAGAACAAGGGAGAAUCCAUAUCUGCUUUCCUGAUCAGGUGGGGGGACGAGACCGUGAAGGUGGAGGACCUUCCGGAGAGCACCGUCAUCACCCUCUUUACCAAUGCGUUGGCAACCGGGGACCACUAUCUGGACUUGAAAAGGAACCCCGGGAGCAACUACGCCGAGGUGUUGGCCCGUGCGCACAAGUUCGCUGCAAUCAAGGAAGAGGUUUCACAGCGGGAUGGGGCAGCAGCCCCCGCAACGCGCAAGACAUCGGACCGAUUGGGUCCCGGGCCGGUAGAGUCACCGGCACUCAAAAAGAAGAAGACGAUCGGCGGUUACGUCCCUUGGGCUGCCCAGGAACGCCCAGGGGACGACCCCCGUGUAGGCAUGGGACCUGCUCCUUUGGCCUACCCAAUCAGCCAGAGUUUUGGGGCCAUCAAGGACAAAGGACUGCUCAAGGAGCCAGUGCCCACCAAAGGGCUCAUAAUGGGCCGGGACACGGGAGCCUACUGUGAAUAUCACCGCAAGCAGGGACACCGUACGGACGAUUGCUAAAGUCUGAAGUACGCCAUCCAACAACUUAUUGAAAGGGGGUAUCUGGGAGAGUUCACCGCAUGAGGAGCAUAUCAGGGCCCCUCACAGCAGCAUAGGAGGCCCUACAGCUGGCGCCGGGAUGAUCGGCGAGAGGCUGGGUCAAGGAGGAGGAUUUCCGUCAUAACGGCAAACGGCCAGAGGCGUCCCUCGGGCCGGUCGGCUCCAAGAAGAAAAUGGAAAUCAAGAUGAUUUUCGGAGGGGCGGAGACUGGGGAUACCGCGGCGGAGAGAAAGAAGUUCGAGAGGGCCCUCCGGAUAAAUUCUAUCUCUGCACCUCCCGCCAAAAAACACAAGGCCUAACCCAUCAUAUUCAAGACAACGGAUCUACCGCAAUCACCAGGGCCGCACAUGGAUGAGUUGGUAAUCAGCAUGGAUAUCCGGGAGUGGAUAAUCCGGCGAGUCCUGGUCGACACAGGAAGCAGUGUCAAUGUCCUCUACUGUGACGUGUUCGAGAAGAUGCAUCUGAGCAGGGCCGAUUUGAGCCCCCUACGGACACCCCUGGCUGGUUUCACCGGCCACAGCAUUGAUGCAGAAGGGACGAUCGUCCUGCCAGUAAAGAUCGGGGACGGCGAGCACAGGGCAACGAUCCCCAUGACGUUUGUAGUGGUGCGGCUCAAAUGCGCCCACAACGCCAUUCUGGGACGCCCCGAAUUGGAGGACCUCGAGGCCAUCUGCUCCGUACGGCACUCCUGUAUAAAAUUCCCCACGGAAACUGGGGUGGGCGUGGCCCGUACGGAUCCAUACACAGCGAGAGCAUGUUACAAGGAAGCGGUAAAGAGGAUGAAUGAGAAGGAUAUGAGGGUCAAUAGCAUUGCAGAGACAGCCCGGCGGGAGGAAGCCAUGUUCCGACCAGAGUCGGCGACUUUGCUGGAGGAAGUGGAACUGGACGAUCCCUCCGAUCGGAAGGUGUCCAUUGGGACGGGCUUGGAGCAAGAAAUACGGGAAGGGGUGAUCUUGAUCCUCCAAAGGUUCAAGAUCUUAUUUGCCAGAGGACCAGAGGAUAUGCCAUGAAUUGAUCCAAACAUCAUCUGUCACAUAUUGGCCGUUCGGCCAGAUGCCAAACCCGUACAACAGAAGAAAAGGUACAUGGCGGUCGAACGGAGGGACUUCAUCAAAGUAGAAGUCACUACCCUGCUCGACAUACGCCACAUACGGCCCGUCAUGCAUGUGGAGUAGCUGUCCAACGUCAUCUUGGCACCGAAGGGAACUACAUGGCGGAUGUGCGUCGAUUACUCUGAUCUCAACAAGGCUUGCCCAAUGGACCCCUAUCCGGUUCCAAGGAUUGAUCUGUUGGUGGAUGAGACCGCGGUAUGCGAGCUGCUUAGUUUCAUGGAUGCCUUCAGGGGGUAUCAUCAAGUAUUCAUGCAUCCAGACGAUGCUGAGAAAACUGCCUUCGUUACGUCAGACGGGGUAUAUUGCUAUGUGGUUAUGCCGUUCGGUAUAAGGAAUGCAAUGGCCACCUUCCAAAGGAUGAUCUGGAUAUUAUUCAAGGACGUCCUCGGGAAGAUCAUGGAGGCGUACGUGGACGAUAUCCUGAUCAAGAGCAAGAAGAAGGAGAACCACGUACAAGAUAUGGAACGGGUUUUCACCAUCAUGGAGGGAGCAAACAUGAGGCUUAACCCGAAGAAGUGUGCCUUUGCUGUCAAAGGAGGGAAAUUUCUUGGUUACAUGAUGAGCGAACGGGGAAUCGAGCCUAACCCAGAAAAGGUGAAAGCCAUCAUGGACAUGGAGGCUCCCAAAAAUUUGAAAGAUGUGCUGAGACUUACUGGGCGCUUGGCGGCACUGAGCCGGUUUAUAUCAAAAUUGGCUGAUCGGGCGAUCCCCUUCUUCCAGAUCAUGAAGAAGGCCAACCCAUUUGAAUGGACCCUGGAGUGUCAGACAGUCUUUGAAGACUUCAAGACGUACCUCUCCUCGCCACUUGUCCUGACUAAAGCGGAUCCCGGGGAGCCGCUAUACAUGUAUCUAGCAGUGGCUGAUCUGGCGAUAAGCUCUGUCUUGCUGAAGGAGGUUGAGGGUGUUCAGCGGCCUAUAUACUUCGUUAGCAAGGCGCUGAACGACCCAGAGACAAGGUACACGCUGAUGGAGAAGACGAUCCUGGCACUGAUCGCGGUAAUAAGGCGCUUGGCGCCGAACUUCCAGGCACACCCGGUGAUGGUGUUCACCACUGAGCCAUUGGCCACUAUCCUCAGGAACCCAAUGGCGAGUGGGAGGAUUACGACGUGGUCCUUGAUGAUCGGGCAGUACAACGUGGAGUUCAAACCGAGGCCGACGAUCAAAGGGCAGGCGCUGACAGAUUUCAUUGCCGAGUGCACAGCACAUACGGAGGAUGGGGAAUACGGCAGUAACGACCUGGACAACUGGUGGGAAAUGUACACCGAUGGGGCAGCAAGUGCAAAGGGAUGCGGGGGGGUGCGAUCAUCACUUCCCCUGAGAGAUUCAAGGCUUAUUACUCCAUAGAAUUCAAGUUCAAAGUCACCAAUAAUGAGGCCGAGUACGAGGCGCUGAUCGCAGGAUUGAGAUAUGCGAGGGCCCUCGGAGCAGCUCGUCUGAAGGUACGGAUGGAUAGCCAGUUGGUUGUUACACAGAUGAAUGGUACUGCUGAGACUCGGGAGGAACGGAUGAAGGCCUACACGGAACUGGUAGAGGAGCAGACUGCGCAGUUUGAGAAAGUGAUCAUAGACCUGGUACCUCAGGUGGAGAACGCCGAAGCUGAUAUCCUAUCCAAGCUAGGCAAUCCCCUAUCCGAGGAUCAGAUGCCGGCCGUCCCAAAACAUAUACGGAAUUUCGCUAGACAGGAGGCACUACCUCGACCGACGACGGAGACGAUCCAGGUAAAUGCUGUUUCUUAUGCAGAUCCCAACUGGGUGAAGGAGGUAGCAGAUUAUCUCCGGGAUGGAACCCUCCCCCUCGAGAAAGAUGGACGCACCUCCGGAAGGGCCCCGUGGAUAAAAAGACGGGCGGCGAGCUUUGAGAUCAUCGGGGGUGAACUGUACAAGAAGACGUUCGGUGGACCAUACCUCAGGUGCUUACCGCCGGACUUAGCGGCAUCAGUCAUGGAGGAAAUCCAUGAGGGCAUCUGUUCCAGUCACCAGGGACCCCGAACGCUGGCAAGAAAGAUAAUCCUACAGGGUACUACUAGCCAACCAUCCAGCGGGACUGCUUCAACCACACCCAGAGGUGUGCGGUAUGCCUGCAGUACGCACCCAUGUCGGGAAGACCGGCCAGCUUCUACACCCCGAUGACCGUCGCCCUACCAUUUGCGAGAUGGGGGGUAGACCUGUUGGGGCCCCUUCCCAGGACGACUGGCGGCAAGAAGUUCAUAAUAGUAGCCAUUGACUAUUUCACCAAGUGGGUGGAGGCCGAGCCAUUGAAAAACAUCACUGAGUUCCAAUGCCAACGUUUCGUAUGGCAAAAUGUAUUAUGCCGGUUCCGCAUCCCAGAACAGAUCAUUACGGACAAUGGUCGACAGUUCGUUAGCAAAGGGUUCGAGGCAUACCUGGCCAAGUGGGGCAUCCGGCAUUCCAAGGCCUCAGUCGCGUACCCACAGGCAAACGGCGAGGUGGAGAAUAUGAACCGGACCAUCAUGGAUGGCAUAAAGAAAAAACUGGAAGAUUACUCCUCAACCUGGCCGGAGCAGCUGAAUUAUGUCCCGUGGACGUACAGGACAACUCCAAGAACGGCGACCGGGGAAAUACCGUUCCCACUAGCAUACGGGUUUCAGGCCAAGGUCCCCACCGAACUACUUGUGCCCACACACCGAACUUUGCACUUUGACCCGGGACAGAACGAGGAGAAUCUAAGGGCAGAAUUGCACUUUAUCGAGGAGAAAAGGGACCUAGCCGCACGGCGCAUGGAAGAAUAUCAUCGGGCAACCGAAAGGUAUUUCAACAAGGCGAUGAAAAUCAGAGAAAUCAAGGUCGGAGAACUGAUACUACGGAAGCGGGAGAAGAGCAAGCCGCUUGAGGGCGGCAAGAUGACCAAAAACUGGGAAGGGCCGUACAGGGUAUACGAGAAGAGAUUGGCGGUGGGGACGUUCCUCCUACAAACUAUGGAAGAACGUUCCGCUGACAUAUGGAAUGUGGAGCACCUGAAGAGAUUCUACCAAUAGGAGCCCCCCCCCCCCCCCCCCCCAAAAGAAAAAAAAAACAAAAAGAAAACAAAGGAAGAGGGGGGGAGACAAGAAGGAAGUUUUCAGUCAUACAAUGUAACAACAAGAAUUAAUGAAAAAGGCUUGGACGUUAGCCCAAAAAGUCCCGUGGUUUUUCCCUUUCCGAGUUUCCACGAUAAAAUCACGGUGUACAUCAUCAUCACAAGAACACUACGAGCCUCCCGGAGGAAAUUAACACUCCCCGCCGAGCGGUACCAAUCAUCCAGACGGUAUAACCACUAAAGACCUCUCCAAAAAAGAGAGAGAGAGAGAGGCAUCGGGGAAUCCCCAAAGGGGAUAAACCCGUUCCGCAUCACAAUCGCGGUCGAGCCCAGCUCAGGAUCCAAAGGACCGGGCCAAAUGGGCAGGUAAGACAAACGGAUGACAAAGUUUAAAGACGAUCGCAACAAGCAAACAAUACACUUUAUUCAUCGGCUCUACCGGCCGGAAAGUACAAACAUACACGAGUUCGGAGUGAAAACAAGAGUACAAAAUAAUCGAAGCCGUCACGCCUCAGGGAGCUAUCCUUGAAUAUAGACGUGCCUGCAAGAGCUUUCUAUGAAUCCAAAGGCGUGAGGGGUGAAGUAAGCCAUCUUCAAAACAUUAGUCGAUUCGGGAAGAACGGCCUGCUAGCCAGGAGGUGCGGCUGGCAAGCAGAAUUUGAUAAACUCACUCAGCUAUGGGGGGCCGUCCUUUGCGUGGCCCUUACCCUUCAAAGCCUCCCCAUAAGCUUCAGCAAACGAAGCAUUGAAACCAACAGCCUCAGGAUCAAACGGGGCAGGGAGAUAACGCUGGAGAGCCGGGAGGUUUCCGACCAAAAGGCCGAUCAUCCCUUUAGUGAAAGCAUCACCGGCAAGCUCUGCAAGGAACUCCUGGCCAGCGGAGGUCCCCGAUACCAGCUCAAUGCCAUCCUUCAGCGCGUCAUAGCUCUUAGCCAGGAACUCCCCGAAGCUCUGGGCAAGACGCUCCUUCACACAGACAUUCACGGCAUCGACAUAGGCACGGGACUUCUGAAACUCAAUGGAGCCGGCUUCCUUGAUUUUGGAAACAUCAGCCUCAAAAACAGGAAUGGCCCCAUCCGUACCAACCUGGCGAAGCUGCACGUCGGACUUCUCCACGGCGGCCAUUUUGGCACGAAGCAGCUGCAGCUCCUCGACUUGUUUCCUCACCGUAUCCUGAAGAGACGUGCUCCCCUUAGCGAGCCCAAGAGCAGCGUUCAAAUCCUGCUGCAUCUUGUGCAGACGCUCUUUGGCCUUCUUCACCAGAUCAUCGGCUUCACAUUGCACCUGGGCGGAAGCACGCUCCUGAGCUUCAUAGGCAAAUCGCGCCUUGCAGAAAUAAAUGGCGGCCUUGUUGAGAGUGCUAACGCCGCACUCAUGAAGAUCCACCGCGCUAUCACGAGCAACAAAAUCACUAGGGAGUUUUAACCCCAAAGAGCACCAAAUGGAAGAGCCGUCUGCCCAAACAACCUUUUCGACUCCGCACGGGGACCCGAUCCGGAGAACUCAAUGAUAUCAGAAAACGAAUCCUCUGAACUGGGCGGAGGAGGGUCGCUCGAACUUUUGCCCAAUGAAGUGACAGGGGGCGGCUUAGGGGGAGAGGCGGCCUCAGUGUCUGACCCAUCAAGGACCACCACGGCCUUGGAAGAUCCUUCCCCAUGGCGGGACUUUUUUGGGGGCCGUUCAUCCCCAGCAGGUUCGGCUUUGGGCCUCUUUUGGCCCUGAUCCUCACCAACGAUCUGCUUUCCCUUGCUAGCAUCAGCCCGACCGUUGGAGGGAGUAGCACGGGGGUGGGGAACUAUGGCAGAAGACCUGGGGUAAAGCCCUGCGCAAAGGAGAUAAGGAAAAUUGUUAGAACAAUGUUUGGGAGUCACAAAAAAGAGAGUCCAAAACCCGGACCACAGCGAGGACGUACCUAUGCCGGCCUUGCCCAAGUUGGUGUCAUUCACCAGCAAACGCAGGUUCUGGACCCCCUCACCGGCAAUACGAGCGGCAUGUUCCAGCUCGGCCGAAUGGAGAACCGGAGGCUCAAACUUAACAGGGAAAGCAUUCCACCGAUCGGAGAAGGGUGGAAGGGAAUCAACCCCGGCAAGGAAGAAUCUCUCCUCCCAGCUGUUCGAAUUGGGGGGGUUGUUGGAAAAGAGAACUCUCCACGAACGGGCCAUUAUGCUAAGAUAACCUGUCUGGCCGUAUGGGGAAAGCCGGAAGAAAUGCAGAAACGAUUUCACGGACGGCUCGACCCCCACAUUGUGGCAUCGGAUUAUGAAACCAGCGAGAAUCCGAUGAGAAUUCGGAACGAGUUGAGCCGGGGCGAUACCAAGGCCCCUGAAAAGAGAUGUGGAAAGGCAACAACGGGAAAAGAAAGCCCGCUACCACAGAGUCCAGAUGGACGACCACGUAGCCGGGUAGAUGCCACAUAGGAUGGCGGAGGAACCGUGCGUCCCAAACCCGUGGAGGGGGAAGCAACUGGGGAAUCAGGUUCUUCUCGCUAAGAAGCAGACGUUGGCGCUGACGCCGAGCGAGAUGGAAGUUAAGGGAGAAAUGAGGAGGCUGGGGGGCAUCCCACGCUUAUAGACCGAAAGGUCAUCCCCUGAAUUACAACCGUCAUCGGAUGAAUUUCCGGGACGGCCAUGGGCAGACGGCCUAGGGACAAUGGAAGACAUAGCAAGUACGAAAGAGAAAAUACCGGACUAACAAGGAAGAGAUGGAGAUCUAGAGAGAGAGAAUAGUGUGGCAGAGUGACAGAGUAAUCCCCCAUUUUGGCAAUAGGAUAUUUAUAUGCAAAAACCACCCGGUUCCCGAAUUGGGGGAAGACAAGUGGCGGACCAUGUUUGGUGCAUCCUACGGCGGAGAGAUGCUUCGAGAUCCACGCCGCCGAUGGCACAUGCCAAAAUCACCCCCACAACGAGACGUACGUAAAAAAAAGAGAGAGUUUAGAAGAGGAAAAGAGCCCAUGAGCAAAAGGAGCAGGGGUCGUUCCUCGUCAGAAGAAGAGGAAAAGAGCCCACAAGCAAAAGGAGCAGGGGCCGUUCCUCGUCAGAAGAAGAGGAAAAGAGCCCACAAGCGAAAGGAGCAGGGGCCGUUCCUCGUCAGAAAAAGAGGAAAAGAGCCCAUGAGCAAGAAGCAGGGGCCGUUCCUCGUCGGAAGAAGAGGAAAAGAGCCCAUGAGCGAAAGGAGUAGGGGCCAUUCCUCGUCAGAAAAGAAGGAAGAAGAGUUUACGAGAGCAAGGAGCAUGGACCGUUCCUCGUCAGAAAAGAAGGAAGAAGAGUUCAUGAGAGCAAGGAGGAGGAGCCGUUUCCUCGUCAAAAAAGAAGGAAAAAGAGUCCAUGAUAGAAAGAAGGAGAAGCCGUCCCUCGUAAAAAAAAAGGGGGGGGGGGGGGGGGGGGGCAGAGGGAAUUAUGAACGGUAAACAGAAUGCAAGUCAUAAAGUGCAAAAAGAAGCUUUAUUCUUCGGCUCUACCGGCCAGAAUAUACAACUGAGCAGAGGGGGAACUAACAAAUCAUGUAAGGAAGCCAUGGGGAGGGGAGCGUGGGGAGGCCAGCGGUUCUUCCGAUUCCACAAGGGGAAGCUCGAGAGUGGGGGAUCAGGGAUUUCACCCCUCUGAACGGUCACGGCGCGCUGCUCAUCUCGGCCGUGUUUUCCCAUGACUCGCCGAAGCUCGGCCCCAUCCGUAUAAUCUUCCACAUUGAAGGGGGGACAGCCGGCCAGAGGGAGCACACCCCUAAGGGUCUUGACACCUUCGAAGUACCCUUUGGCAAAGGCAUCAUCAGCAAGCUCUGCAAGCCAUUCACCACCAAGUGCGGUCUUCUCCAAAAGCCGCACCCCAUGAACCAAGCGAUCCUUCUCCGGCACCGACUGCAGCUCGGCCUCGAAAACCUCCCCAGCAGCUCCCCGACAAUACUCAUAGGCGGCCUGGAGGAACUGGGCAGUCUUCUUAAACUCCUCCACAUUGAUGGCCAGAGUCAGAACGUCGUUUGGGGGAUCUCCGCCUUCAGAACGCGGGGUAGGAUCUGCGGCAGAAACAAAGGAAAUCCCAUGCUUCUCGGCCAGGGCCACCUUGGCAAGCAGGCCCUGUUUUUCCUGCUCGCUCUGAGCCCGAACGGCCUGGAGCUCCUGUUGAGCCUGAUCCAGGGCAGCCUGCACCUUCUUCAUCUCUGCCUGAGCAGCUUCCCGCAGCAGCACGGCUUCCUGCUCUCUCUUGACAGCCGCAUCGGCUUUUCUCUUGAGCUCGGCGAGAUCUUUCUCCCGAGCGGCCCUUGCCUGCAACAAGCUCAGCCCAGCCUACAAGGAAGGAAAGUGGGUUAGAUGGGGACGAAGGGCAGUUUCAAAUGACAGGGGGAAAUGUUGGGAACAUACCUCAAGGUUCAAGAGCAGAGCAUUAUCAACAGAGUCACUCGAAGAACGACCUGACAACUCCAGCCCGGCCUGAAGGGCCAUGUCCUUCCAGGUCUCAGAGAUCGGACGAACACAGAAGGAACCACGACGUUCGUGGGUUUAGGAACAGAGGAUUCAAGGCGGCAAGGCGCGGCCUCUUCGGCUUCUUCCCCCUGUCCUUUUCCCCACCAGCGGGGAUACCAACCCCGACAGGAUCCACGUUCAGGACCCGGUUAUCUUGAGGAUGUUGGGCCUCAGAAGUUUGCCCAGUCACCUCAGCGACCAGAAGCCGCUCCGCUUCAGCAAUACGCUGACUAGCCUGGGACGCGGCAGACGAAGUGUCCCCAGAAGAUUGGGCGGCCGCAUGAGCCUUGGCCAAUGCCGCUCGUUCCUUGUUGGCUUUUGCCUCAUGACGAGCCGCCAUAGCUGCACUAUCCAUUUGUUCUUGAGUAGGGGGAGGACCUGAAACAAAGAAAUAACGUUAGUACCGGGCGGUGCGAAUCACAAAGGCACUCACCUCAGGGAAUGGACUGCCCGGGCCCACAAGAUGAACAUGAGAGAAUGUCAGUCCAGGGAUCACGGGCGGUACAUAUCCCUGCGUCAGAGAGUGUCGCGAUGGUCAGAAGGUCCUUCAGCUUUCUAAUGCCGCCCAGCUUCAGCUUAUCCACGGCAUCCCGCAACGCCGGGGUUAGCUCUGGCGCCUGAACCUUCGGAGGGUAUCCAUUCCAUCUCAUAGGAAGCCGCUCGUCCACAUAGCGAAUGAAGAAAAAGCGAUUUUUCCAAUCGUGGAUAGAAGUGGGAGCCUCCUCGAACAACUCUCUUUUGGGACGAGCGGCCACACUUAGAAACCCAUCAGCAUUUUGCGGAGUGACUUGGAAAAAAUAAUGAAAAAGCUCCAGUUUAGAGGUGAGCCCCAGUGAUUUGCAAAGAACGAGGAAGGCAGAGAUCAAACGAUAGGAGUUCGGCAUGAAUUGGGCCGGAACAACACUAUAAAACUCGAAGAAAUCAAGAUAAAAUGGGUGGAGCGGGAAACGCAGUCCGGCCUUUACAGAAUCCAUGUGCACCAUCACCAUGCCCAGACGUCUCAUGAGGAGGUUAUCCGCACCUCGAAGGCUAUAGUAAGCAGGCGGGGGGAGAAUAAUCUGUAGUUCCCUCCGGGCCCUCUUAGAGUAGACCUGUUCAAUCACGGCAACAUUGGGUAUAAGCACUAUGUGCCUGUGCUGAUCCAUGGGGACGCCGAGCUUGUAUAUCCGGAGGUCGUCCCCUUCCUCGACCUCGUCACCCGAAUCAUGAUCGGCCGAAUGCUCCACCACCGCGGCGGGUUGUGCCAUCAUCACAACGGCGUUCUCGGGACCGACAGCCAUAUCAACAUGUUCUCCUACGUCCGGGAUCGCGACAUCGGCUACUGCAUCAGGAACCACCAUCGAAGAAGCACUGGAACGGCCAGAACCGCUCGCUUCCGCCGGGGAACAGGAUCUGAGUUCUGUUGCCGAAGAUGAACCGGCUGAAGAGCCGGUAGAAGAGCUAGAGCAAGUUUCCGAAUCGGAAGAAAUCACCAUGGAGUAGGACAUGGGGAGGUUUACGAAAAGAAAGGAAGAGGUUGGGAUUGAAGAAUUACCUUGCUCAAACUUGGGAGAGGGAUGAACGCCGGAACUCAAAAUGAUCGCUGAACGGCACUGGGAAGAUAAGAGGAGGCAAAGGAUGAAAAGCCCUAACCCUUCCCGUAUUCCCGGUAUUUAUAAGGGGAGGCACCGGAUCAGUGGCCAACCCGCAGGUGACACGUGGCAGGGAGCGUAUCCAGGGACGCGUGUCGCGUAGAGACGGGCUAGUACGAAAUGGUUACUUUUGCAUCGGAAGUUGAACCGGCCUGAUAGCUGGCACCUAUAGCCCCGCGAACAACGGCGGGAAGCAACCGUCACCUAGAGGAAAAGGAAGUAACAGCUCGAGGCGGUACGGCAGACGGUAUCUUACUUCUUUAUGUCCCGCGCACGUUCGGAACAUCAGAAGUGGGGGACUUGUGUUGGGUUAAUGGCCAAUCAGGGGCGGCCCAUCAACCCCUAGGGACGUACGUAGCCUAGCAUAACCAAGCUGCAGGGCCCAAGGGCCAGGGGACAUACGUAGCCCAUCAUAACCAGGCUUCAGGGCCCAAGGGCCAGGGGACGUACGUAGCCCAGCAUAGCCAGGUUUCAGGGCCCAAGGGCCAGGAGACGUACGUAGCCCCGUAGGACCAAGCUCAGGGCCCAAGGGCCAGGGGACGAGCAUCUUGUAGGCUACACUCAAGGGCCCAGGCUGCCACCAGUUUAGGGGACGGACGUCCCCACGCUUGUAAUCGCGUGAUUGAGUCCAGUUUAGGGGACGAACGUUUAGGGGACGGACGUCCCCACGCUUGUAAUCUUUUAGGCUACACUCAAGGGCCUAGGGCCAGGGGUUGAGUCCAGUUUAGGGGACGGACGUCCCCACGCUAUGGCGGGAAACCAAGAUCUUGGCGGGAAGCGCAUUAAAUGCGGGAGAUUUGGUGGUUGGGAUCAUGUCGCCCACAGCCGGCCACGUCAACCCCCCAACCACCAUGGGAUACUAUAAAUAGUCGCAUUUAUUUCAUUGUAAGGGGUUCUCACUUUGACACUCUAGUAUUGUAAUAGCAUCAACGACACGUAGCAUAGCUUAGUACGUUCGGCCCCUUGGCUUGUAAUCGCUAGAGUGAAUGAAAUACAGUUAUUAGCCCAUUCCUCGUUGUUUAGUGAGCUUGUUUUGCUUUCCACCCAUUUGAAACCCCCAGGUUACGUGUUGGGCCUGCGGGUUGAGGGGAAUAAACCUCAACAAUACAUUUCCUAAUAACCAAUCAGAAUCUCUGGCACCGUCGGUUGUUGUUUCCUUCAUGAAGUGGCGGGUGAGGGUGAUGUUAAGUUCUUGAGUUCUACGUUCGGCCUUCAAGAUUUGCCGGCAACUGUUAGGACAUUGCCGGCAAAUAAGUGUCUCAAGAGAGUUUGCGCUCAAUCUCGUUGAUAUCGGGAUUAUCGGCAUUGCUAGGACUUGCUCAUCUUUGAUAAAACCGGGAACGUCCUUUCUUUUUCCAUCCACCACUUCAGAACGUCAAAGUCAUCAUCGUCUUCAUAGUCAAUAGGAAACAUUAGAUAUAAAGAAAGCUCGUUAACUGAGCUUUGUGCAACAUUGAGAGUUGUUUUACUUUUUUUCAUAAGAUUGAAAAUUUUAGAUUUCAAAAAUGAUUUUCCUUUAUAUGAAGAAGAUGUUUGUGUCGUGGGAGGGGGCGCGUUACCAUAUCUUGCACGAAAUAAAUCUAAUUCCCCCUUUCAUUAUCUUCAUAUUAUUUCCUAACGCGGCUAGUCCGUCUUUUACACAUAAAUUAAGAAUAUGACAUACGCAACACUGAUGAAAAGUGUAUGAUGGAUUAUAGGGGUAUCCAAACUAUAAUAAAAUGGAGAGAUUUGAGAUAAUGUGAGGAAGAUGAAUAGUAGAAAUGAUAUUGUGUAUGAAUUAUGAGUUAGGGUUUACAAGAACUCCCUAAGGGAGUAUAUAUAGAAGAAUAUCCGGGUCUGGGCCUCUAAUAUGGGCCUGACAGACCCGGUUACAUAAAUGGACUAAUAAUAGAAAAGGCUAAUCUAGAACACCUGAAUAAUAAUAAUGUACAAUAAUGAAAAUGCUAUCAGCUGAGUGUACGUGGGCCGUUGUCCGGGUCCAAUAGUCUUGAGACCCGGGGGUCCGAGUCUAUAUACUCUAUCAGGAGUCCCCCACUCUCUGAGUCGAGAGUAUUCGAGGCGAAAGAGAGUAGAACUGUGUGCUGAUCUGUCGCCGUCUGAUGAGUAAACUUCAUGAACAAAAAUUUGAAUUUCUGCUUCUUUGGUUAACGGAGGCGCUAAGUCCCCCGCUCUUCCAGUCCCCCACUCCUUGAGGCGAGUGUAAUGAGGUGAAGAGGAGUAGAGUAAUGCGUGUCGGAUGAUGUCUUCAACAGGGGGCCGAGGGUUGACACCUUUUGAUCCAUGAUGGGGAGAUGCCUCGUUAAAAACCUCAUUAGGAAAAACCCUGUGGGAAAAAAACCUAUUGAGGGAAAAAGAGUACACCGGAUGCCCCCAAAAUGAAACAAAAGGUGCGGACCCUUCGGCCUGGAGAUGGAGCUGCAACGGUGCCCGUCUGCUGGGGGGAUGGUCGAGGCCGAUCUCUGGAUGUGGGUAGCUCAUCAUGAUCAGUAGUCCUAGUCAUCAAAUAAAGAUGACUAAGGGAUGGGUCGAGCGACCAUCCACAAUAUGAUGUCUGGUUCAUCAAAUAAAGAUGACCAGAACGUAAGGCCGAUGGGCCGAGAGGCCUGUACGAGAGCUCCACGUUGUUGAAUAAGGACGACGAGGCGAUGUAUGGCCGAGGGACCUGCAUAGAGCUCCACAUCGUCAAAUAAAGACGAUUGGGCAAUGUGUGCGGCUGAGGGGCCUGCAUAAGAGCUCCACGUCGUCAAAUAAAGACGACGGGGCGAUGGUGCGGCCGAGGGGCCUGCAUAAGAGCUCCACGUCGUCAAAUAAAGACGACGAGGCGAUGGUGCGGCCGAGGGGCCUGCAUAAGAGCUCCACGUCGUCAAAUAAAGACGACGGGGUGAUGGUGCGGCCGAGGGGCCUGCAUAAGAGCUCCACGUCGUCAAAUAAAGAUGACGGGGCGAUGGUGCGGCCGAGGGGCCUGCAUAAGAGCUCCACGUCGUCAAAUAAAGACGACGGGGUGAUGUAUGGCCGAGAGAGGCCUAUAUGAGAGCUCCACGUCAUCGAAUAAAGAUGACGGGGCGACGUAUGGCCGAGAGGCCUACAUGAGAGUCCCACAUCAUCAAAUAAAGAUGACGGGGUGAUGUAUGGCCGAGAGAGGCCUCAAUGAGAGCUCCACGUCAUCAAAUAAAGAUGACGGGGCGACGUAUGGCCAAGAGGCCUACAUGAGAGCCCCACAUCAUCAAAUAAAGAUGACGGGGUGAUGUAUGGCCGAGAGAGGCCUAUAUGAGAGCUCCACAUCAUCAAAUAAAGAUGACGAGGCGACGUAUGGCCGAGAGGCCUACAUGAGAGCCCCACAUCAUCAAAUAAAGAUGACGGGGUGAUGUAUGGCCGAGAGGCCUGCAUCAGAGCUCCACGUCAUCAAAUAAAGAUGACGGGGUGAUGUAUGGCCGAGAGAGGCCUAUAUGAGAGCUCCACGUCAUCAAAUAAAGAUGAUGGGGCGACGUAUGGCCGGGAGGCCUACAUGAGAGCCCCACAUCAUCAAAUAAAGAUGACGGGGUGAUGUAUGGCCGAGAGAGGCCUAUAUGAGAGCUCCACGUCAUCAAAUAAAGAUGACGGGGCGACGUAUGGCCGAGAGGCCUACAUGAGAGCCCCACAUCAUCAAAUAAAGAUGACGGGGUGAUGUAUGGCCGAGAGGCCUGCAUCAGAGCUCCACGUCAUCAAAUAAAGAUGACGGGGUGAUGUAUGGCUCAGAGGCCUACAAAUGAGUUCUACGUCAUCAAAUAAAGAUGACAUAACGACAUAUGGCCGAUGGGCCUGUAGAUGAGCUCGACGUCAUCAAAGAAAGAUGACAGAGCGAUAUAUGGCGGAUGGGCCUCUAGAUGAACUCUUUGUCAUCAAAUAAAGAUGACAGCGAAAUAUGGCCGAGGGGCCUGUAAAUGAGCUUCGCGUCAUCAAAUAAAGAUGACGAGGCGAUAUAUGCCCGAUGGGCCUGCAACUGAGCUUCGUGUCAUCAAAUAAAGAUGACGGAGCAAGAUGUGGCUCAGAGGCCUACAAAUGAGUUCCUCGUCAUCAAAUAAAGAUGACAGAACGAUAUAUGGCCGAUGGGUCUGUAGAUGAGCUCUUCAUCAUUAAAUAAAGAUGACAAAGCGAUAUAUGGCCGAUGGGCCUACAAAUGAGCUCUUCAUCAUCAAAUAAAGAUGACAGAGCGAUAUAUGGCUGAACUCUGGGCUCCUUUAGCCUUUCAGCCGGAGACCGCAAGAUGUUCGAUAUAUCUGAAUAGGGGGACGAGGCGGUGGACGCCUGUCUGAAUAUGAGGACGACGACGCUGAUGAGUCGGUCCGAAUAUGAGGACGACAGCGCUGAUGAACCGGUCCGAAUAUGGGGACGAUGGCGCUGGUGAGCCGGUCUGAAUAUGGGGACGAGGCGAUGAUAAGCCAUGCGUCAUAUGAAGGCGACGGUCACCAUCCAGGAAGGGAAUGGCGAGCCUGGUCACUAGAUAAGGACUUCGGCGCUGGGGCCGGUCUAAAUGUGAGGACGAGGCGAUGAGGAGCCGAUCCUAUAAUAUGAUGACAAGGCGCUGAUGAAGUUGAUCGUCAUAUAAAGGCGAUGGUCACCAUCCAGGAAGGGAUGGUGAGCUCGAUCGCUGGCUCAAGACUCGCGGCGCUGAGGAAGCCGGUCUUGAGAUAGAUAAUCACGCCGGGGUCGAGAGGCCGAUCGUGAUGCGAGGACAACGACGAUGAGGAGUCGGUCCAAAUAAUGAUGACGAGGCGAUGGUGAAGCCGAUCGUCAUAUAGAGGCGAUGGUCACCAUCCGGGAAGGGAUGGCGAGCCCGAUCGCUGGCUCAAGACUCGCGGCGCUGAGGAAGCCGGUCUUGAGAUAGAUGAUCACGCUGAGGCCGAGGGGCCGGUCGUGAUGUGAGGACAACGGCGAUGAGGAGCCGGUCCUAUAAUAUGAUGACGAGGCGCUGAUGAAGCUGAUCGUCAUAUAAAGGCGAUGGUCACCAUUCGGGAAGGAAUGGCGAGCCCGAUCGCUAGCUCAAGACUCGCGGCGCUGAGGAAGUCGGUCUUGAGAUAGAUGAUCACGCCGAGGCCGAGGGGCUGGUCGUGAUGUGAGGACAACGGCGAUGAGGGGCCGGUCCUAUAAUGUGAUGACGAGGCGCUGAUGAAGCCGAUCGUCAUAUAAAGGCGAUGGUCACCAUCCAGGAAGGGGUGGUGAGCCCGAUCGCUAGCUCAAGACUCGCGGCGCUGAGGAAGCCGGUCUUAAGAUAGAUGAUCACGCCGAGGCCGAGGGGCCGGUCGUGAUAUGAGGAAGGGUAAGGCAUUGACGUUGGACUGAACAUGAAGGACGGUGGAGCUGGUCCGAAGAUGAGGGACGGUGCUGGGCGCUCAUCUGAAGAUGAGGGACGGCGCUGGGCGCUCGUCUAAGGGGCGGCGCUGGGCGCUCGUCUGAGAUGAGGGACGGCGCGGGACGCUCGUCUAAGGACGAAGGACGGCGCUGGGCGCUCGUCUGAAGAUGAAGGACGGCACUGGGCGCUCGUCUGAAAUGAUGGACGGCGUUGGGCGCUCGUCUGAAAAUGAGGGACGGCGCUGGGCGCUCGUCUCAGAUGAUGGACGGCGUUGGGCGCUCGUCUGAGAUGAGAGACGGUGUUGGGCACUCGUCUAAGAUGAUAGACGGCGUUGGGCGCUCGUCUGAGAUGAGGGACGGCGCUGGGCGCUCGUCUGAAAAUGAGGGACGGCGCUGGGCGCUCGUCUAAGAUGAUGGACGGCGCUGGGCGCUCGUCUCAAAAUGAAGGACGGCGCUGGACGCUCGUCUGAAGAUGAAGGACGGCGCUGGGCGCUCGUCUAAAAAUGGAGGACGGCGUUGGGCGCUCGUCUAAGAUGAUGGACGUCGCUGGGCGCUCGUCUGAAGAUGAAGGACGGCGCUGGGCGCUCGUCUAAGGAUGAAGGACGGCGCUGGGCGCUCGUCUGAAAAUGAGGGACGGCGCUGGGCGCUCGUCUGAAGAUGAUGGACGACGCUGGGCGCUCGUCUGAAAAUGAGGGACGGUGCUGGGCGCUCUUCUAAAAAUGAAGGACGGCGAUGGACGCUCGUCUGAAGAUGAAGGACGGCGCUGGGCGCUCGUCUAAAAAUGGAGGACGGCGCUGGGCGCUCGUCUAAGAUGAUGGACGGCUCUCGUCUGAAGAUGAAGGACGGCGCUGGGCGCUCGUCUAAGGAUGAAGGACGGCGCUGGGCGCUCGUCUGAAAAUGAGGGACGGCGCUGGGCGCUCGUCUGAAGAUGAUGGACGGCGCUGGGCGCUCGUCUGAAAAUGAGGGACGACGCUGGGCGCUCGUCUAAAAAUGAAGGACGGCGUUGGACGCUCGUCUGAAGAUGAAGGACGGCGCUGGGCGCUCAUCUAAAAAUGGAGGACGGCGCUGGGCGCUCGUCUAAGAUGAUGGACGGCGCUGGGCGCUCGUCUGAAGAUGAAGGACGGCGCGGGGCGCUCGUCUACAAAUGGAGGACGGCGCUGGGCGCUCGUCUAAGAUGAUGGACGGCGCUGGGCGCUCGUCUAAUCCGCAUGUAUGGUCUUGCUUCGUCCAUAAUGUGUAGUGUUUGCCUGAUAUGUACUUAGUAUUGUUGUGGGGAUUUCAUUUUUUGUUGCUCGAGGCCGGUGAGUGCGUGCGGUCCUCGGCUUCCCUCUUUUAUUUUUUCUUUUUCCUUUUCUUUUCCUUUUUUUUUUGAUUUCGUUCCCCAUUUCAGGGAGUGUCCUUCUUUCAGGCUUCGGCCGAAGGGGUCGCUAGUCCUUCGGCCGGUUCGGACUUCGUUUAUAACGUCCGUGAUCUCAGGGGGGGUCCCGUCGCCUAUUUAUGACGCGGGCUAGACUUUUGGUUGGUUUCCAACGGCUGUCGUUGCCCGACCCUGAGUUUGGGGAUUUUGUCACCUCGGCCAUGAUUUCAGGCCUGUCGUCCUGCGAUCGGGCGCGUGGACGACGCGAUGAACUUCCCAUUUCAAGACGUGGGCCGUUUGCGGGCCCGUCGUUCUGGGGACAUCGUCGGCCCUGCCUGAGCAUUUCGCUCUAAGGGGCCGAUACGACGUGCUCUCUCAGCUGGGCCUGAGCCUUUCGCUGAUGCAAAAUACAAAGUGGAGCAGACCCGAGCCUUUCGCUCGAAGGCUGCUGAUACGACAUGUGGUAUCUUCUAUUUACAUUUCCAAAAAAUAAGCGGAAUACAAUAGGUGCGUUGUUCAUGGCAACGGCUUUUGGGCGACGCAAUUAGCGUCUCGGAGAACGAGGUGUACCGUUUACCGCUCUCGGGCAUAAUGCCACGUGCGGCCGGUAGCGGCUCUCAUUUUUAGAUGUCCGAGUCACCAAAUAAAGGUGACUAGGGUAGAUCGGUGGACCUAAAUAUAAUUCAAAUCAUCAAAUAAAGAUGUUCGGUAGGCUAGAGCUCGGGUCCACCACUUUGGGAUUUUUUGACCCGGUCUAAUGGCAGUGAUAAAAAUAAUAACGCCAAUAAUAAAUUCUCAUUAGCGACCUCGGGAAAUUUUAAUCCCUCAUAAUGGUCUUCACCACCUCGGGGUUUUUAACCCGCCAUAAUGGUGGUGGAAAUAAUAUAAUUAAUAAUAGUAAUAAUUAUACUACUAUCACUUAAUAAACAUUUUAAAUGUAUAAAUAGGAAUAUUGGGCACUUAGCUGUGAAAUGGGCUGAACUGUGGGCUGAUGAAGAAAUUGUGGCCCAUCACCGAUUUACUACUGCUGCCAUCUUGGCUGAAAGUUUCCAAGCAUCUUCAACAGUUGAUUGGGUCAACUUAGGGCCCAUUCAUCAAAUCCUUUUGGCUUCUGCGAAUGAGAUAGGAGAAAUGGAGGAGGAGAUACCUCUGCCGCUGGUCGCAGGGCAUUCUGCCGGCCAUUUUUGCGGUGGGUUUUCGGUCACUGUCAGAGGAGUGAGGGCGCGUGAAAUCAUCAUAGAUUCUCGUCCCUGGGCGUCGCCGGAGAGUGGAAAAGAUUCGUCGGAACUGCUGCUGCUCCGUUCGACGUUGCCCUGUCUCCGGCGAGAUCUGGAGUGGAAGCUUUGAACAGGGAAAUUGCUGUGGCCAUUAAUGGAGGGCUCACUAGACGAUCGCGGAGCUACGCUUGGCGGCACCGGUGAAGAAGCAAACUUCAAGCGUUGGUUGUAACGCUGUGGAGAAGGUGGAGAACCUGAACGCGAGGUCGAACAUCCCUUCCAGGAGCUCCCAAACGGCCAUUAAUGGUGGACCGCCCUUGGGAAAUCAGAUCCGGAGCAACGGCGCAUCCUGGAGCAGUGCCGGUGAGAUAUGGACGGCGAUGCUUCAACGUUGGUGGCGAGAUCUGGGGCAUCCGCAGGUGUUUGCUUGCACGACGGCUUCGAAGACUGCGAUGAUAGCUCCGGCUCAGGAGACUUCAAGAUCUGCUCCUACUGGAGCAGCGGCAAGCUUCAGCAAAUUGCGUCCGGCGUCAACUCCAAGGCCGGCGAGAUCAGUGAACAGGUCGGUGAGUUCCAGCGGCAAUUUUCUGUCGUGGCGGCGUCCGACGACCUCUGCAGCGACUUUUCUCACCUGGAUCUAGAUUUUUUCAGAUUGAUCUUUGUUGUUCUUGACAUUUCCAGCUCCGUUUUUGACUGAGUUCUCUUAUUUUGGAUGAAGUUUUUGAUAUUUUUGGGAGGGUUUCUCACUUGAUUGUGCUCUAAUCUCUCAAUGAAAGCACCAUUGAUGGAUUAUAGGGGUAUCCAAACUAUAAUAAAAUGGAGAGAUUUGAGAUCAUGUGAGGAAGAUGAAUAGUAGAAAUGAUAUUGUGUAU